GAUGAGUUGAGAAAUCAAAUGAAAAAGGGUUAGUCGUUGUGCGCAGGCGCAGUGUGUACCCAGACCAAAACACGGAAGCUCCUCUGUAGAUGACAACACCUUGCUGUAAUCUCAGCUCACACUCUUUCAGCCCUGAAAACAAACUGUAACGACACCAAUCAGAGAAAGAAGAUGCCAGCUCGUAGCGUUGUGUCCAACGGGACCCCCAACAGCAAAGUGAGGUACUCCAGGUUAGCCAGUGAUGAUGACGGCUACAUCGAUUUACAGUUCAAAAGGCCCCCACCCAAAGUCCCGUACAAAGCCAUAGCACUGGCCACAGUCCUCUUCGUAAUCGGCUCUCUUUUAAUCAUCAUCGGCGCCCUUCUCCUGGCUGGAUACUUUGGAGUCACUCACUCAGACCGAACUCUGCCUGUCCUUAUCAUCGGGAUCUUGGUCUUCCUACCUGGAUUUUACCAUCUACGAAUAGCUUACUAUGCAUCAAAGGGCUACCACGGCUACUCCUAUGACGACAUCCCAGACUUUGAUGACUGACAGCUGCAGACUUUCUGUACUCACACAAGAAAAUAUGUAUCUGCUUAUUCCAAUGUACAAGCACUGAUUACUUAAAGAUCUGGUUAAACAGAUUCUGUGAAUUACCUUUCUUCAGAUCGAGAGGAUUUUCAUGUUACUGUCCCAGGGUCACAGUUAAUGCCUAGGUAGAUGAUGCCUGCCUGCUGAAGUCAAUUUAAUACCAGACUUUAUUUUUAUUUUUGUGUUAUGUAUAUUUGCUUUGAUAGCAUGGUAAAUUAAUUAAAGUGUAAUUUUAUGA